AUGACUCGAAGCAAAAUAAUCUUCAUUACCGGCGCGUCAGGCUAUAUCGGUUCCAAGAUCACCGAGCUGGCCAUUGCAGACGGCUUCAUCGUUCGAGGACUGUCUCGGUCCACAACAAACGACGACAAGCUUCGUGCCAUUGGUGCCGAGCCUGUACGCGGUUCCAUUGACUCCUAUGACGUGCUGACUGUCGAAAGUGCCAAGGCCGACAUUGUCAUGCAUUUAGUCGACACUUGGGGGGCGCACUUUAACGAGGACUAUUCCGCUGUCGUGCGAGACAAUAGCCUUGCUAUUGAUGCCAUCGUCAAAGGCAUUCAGGGCACAAUGAAACAGCUCAUCGUAGCAUCGGGCUCCGCGAUAGUCAAGCCAGAUCCGGAGCAUAAGGAGACUGAUGAGACGAGUCCACUCAAUAUCGACGGGAUCAAUCGCCGAUACGAGUGCGAGCAAUACGCCUUCGAUCAAGAAAGCAAAGGCGUUCGUAUUUAUUCGAUUCGCUUGGCACCUUAUGUUUAUGGCCACGGUGGCAGUGGUAUUGCGCUCUUUAUGCACCGGGCCCUGCAGAGGGGCACAAGCGUAUACGUUGGCGAUGGAUCGAGGCGAACCUCUACCGUCCACGUCAACGACGCGGCACGCCUAUUCCUGCUGGUCGCUAAACAAGUUCCCUCAAGCAGUAUAUACAACUGCACGUCCGACAACUACGUGACGGUGGGCGACUUGGCAAAGGCGAUGGCCGAGGCGCUUGGAAUUCCGGCCAAGUCCGUGACAGAAGAGGAAGCCAUUGCACAGCUGGGACACAUGUUCGGCAAAUUCAUCAGUCUUGAGAAUAUAGCAUCCAGUGCAAAAGCAGUGAGGGAGUUGGGCUGGAAGCCAGAGGAAGUUGGAGUACUUGAGGACAUAGCUGUUGGCUCCUACGUCGCUGUUGCUGAGAGCCUCAAGAGCGGUUCCUCGUAG